GGGCGGGUGCGUUCAGGGAAGUAGCUGACCCCGUGUGUCCGUGUAUUGUCUGUUUGGAGUUUGAUCACCCAGAGACACCCUAAGCAUACAUCCUACAGCAACUAAAACGAAAGGAAAAAAUGGCUCGAGACAUUAUAAAGUAAAUUUUUUAUCUGAAGUUUGUCGCCAUCGUUCGAGAUCAAGGCAUCUGUCUGCAAAGGUCAGUGCUAAACACCAAGAAACCAGAUGUCCAGAUGUAGCUAAUAUGUUGCAAACUCCACAAGGCUUGAAAUCAAUAUUUAUUUGCAGUCAUGGACCCAUCACUAACUGGAGUCCCGAGUGGCCCUGCUAUCAGAUCAGGCGUUUCAGUGUCUAAUUCAACUACUACCUCAAACCGAACCAGACCGAGAGUCAACAUGCCAACUCCACCAGCAACCCCUACGACCUCCACUGCUUCUCCACGGUUAUCUCCAGGCCAGCUGUCACGCUCUUCUUCCCUCUCCACACCACCUGACUCUCCUCUGCGGCAGCCCAUCAGGAGUGCCUCUGUUGGGGGUAGGUCUCAGCUCAACGCAGCCUCUCCUGGAAGUCCCAUCUCUGGAGCAAGCACACCGCCGCAAACCCCUCUCACACCAGAGCCAGAAGACCAAGAAGAGGAAUUUAGUUUUGAGGUUUUGGAGGAGAGAGCAAAGUCAGGAGAUGCCAAAGCCCAGAUGAAGAUGGGCAGAUACUUCCUGGCACUAGGAGAGGAGAGAGACGAGGAGCUCAAUAACUGUACAGCAGUGACUUGGCUGAUUCAGGCGGCCAAACAGGGGCGCAAAGAUGCUGUCAAACUACUACAGCAAUGUUUGGCUGCAAGGAAAGGCAUUACUUUAGAGAAUUUUGAAGAGGUGAAGAAGUUGAGUACAGAGUCGCGUUUUGAAAGAGGUGUGAGAAAAGCUGCUCUGCUCAUGUACUGGAAGCUCAAUCCAGACAGAAAAAAGUCUGUGGCUGUGUCUGAGAUGCUUGAAAAUGUGGAGCACGUCCACACUGAGCCAGGUCAACCAGUGCCACAGAGUCCACUAAACAGCUCUGCCAAGAAACAGAGGAGAGUUCUGGAAACUAUGGUCACCAGUGAGUCCUGUUCUCAUGUGGGCCUGGAUGACUUUGUUGAGAUGACCAAAAAGUACGCUCAGGGGGUAGCACCAUCUCGGGUUAUGGCCACAGCUGGAGAUGAUGAUGACGACGAUGAUGUUGUCCAUGUGAAAAAUCCAGAUGAGCUCCCUCUUCCUCAAAAGAUGCUGAAGUUCCCCCUUCACGCUCUGUUGGAGAUAAAGGAGCACCUGAUCGACUGGGCGUCCCGGGCUGGCAUGCAGUGGCUUAGUGCUCUCAUCCCCACGCACCAUGUCAAUGCUCUCAUCUUCUUCUUCAUCAUCUCCAACCUCACUAUAGAAUUCUUUAUAUUUUGUAUUCCAUUGCUGGUCUUUUAUCUUUCAUUUUUUUCCAUGGUCAUCUGCACACUAAGGGUAUUUCAGAAUUCAAAAGCCUGGGAGAAUUAUCGCGCAUUGACCGAUCUGUUGGCACACUUUGAGCCUGGUCUCGACUUGGACCAGGCUGAAACAAACUUUGGAUGGACACAUUUGGAACCUUAUUUAUAUUUUCUACUCUCUGUGAUCUUUGUGGUAUUUUCCUUCCCUGUUGCGGACAAGUCCUGGGUCCCCUGCUCAGAGAUGGCUGCAGUUGCCCUUUUCUUCACCAUUACGGCUUUCCACAGCCUCCAUGCCUCCGCUCAAAUCUUCGCCCGGAAAGCCCUUUUUACUGAAGUCCUGUCUGGGAUUUGCUCUCUCACCCACCUGCUCCCGGACUCCUUCUGGAUCCUCAAAAUAUUUGGGAUGACUUUCUUUUCAUUGCCUCUUGGAGAAGUUGUGGCGUUAAACAUAGGAGUCCCUUGUCUCCUGUAUGGACAUCUUAUCUAUUUACUUUUUUGCAUGGCACAAGUAAAAGGAUUUAAAGGCACUUAUCUUUGCCUGGUGCCUUAUCUGGUCUGUUUCACCUGGUGUGAGUUGUGUUUGGUUUUUCUCAAUAAUGCCUCUGCAAUUGGACUUAUCCGUACUUGUAUUGGCUACCUGCUGUUCCUAUUUGCCUUGCCUAUUCUAACACUGGGCCUUGCUGCAAUGCUCAUGAUCCAGUUAUGGCAGUGGUUCCUUGCACUGGAAGUUACUAAAAUGGUGGUUACCCUUGUCAUCUGUUUUGUACCCGUUGUGCUGCGACUGUGGACGCGUUUUAGCUUGAAUCCUAUCAAAGUUUUACGUUCAUUGUCCAGAAGCAGCAUCGUCAAGCUCAUUUUGGUUUGGAUCAGUGCAGUGGUGUUAUUCUGUUGGAUGUAUGUAUAUAGAUCAGAUGGUAUGAAAGUUUAUAAUUCAACACUAACAUGGCCCGAAUAUAGCAAUCUUUGUGGUCCUUUGGCUUGGAAGGAGUCUAACAUGGCUCAGACUCAAAUCCUCUGUUCUCAUCUUGAAGGACACCGCGUCACCUGGACAGGGCGCUUCAAAUACGUGCGGGUAACUGACAUAGAGAACGGACCCGAGUCAGUUAUUAAUCUUCUUCCUGUUGUUGUGGGGAACUGGAUGCGAUGUCUCUAUGGUGAACCGUACCCUAAAUGUGAUGGAGUGAAAGAUUCAUCUGAUGGGCCUCAACCUGCAAAUGCCCCCACUCCAGAAAAUCCUUUAUGCAGACUUAAAAGACUAGCUAAAAACGAAUGCCAUGUCAAACGCUUUGACCGAUACAAAUUUGAAGUCACGUUGGGCAUGCCUCAAGAGAGAAAGACUAAAAAUGGCACAAUAGUAGAAGAUGAAGACUCAACUAAAGAUAUUGUUUUAAGAGCGAGUAAUGAGUUCAAAUCUGUGCUUUUACAUUUGAAUGGGGGCAGUUUUGUGGAGUUUAGUACCAUCCUAGAAGGACGUCUAGGCUCUAAGUGGCCUGUGUUUGAACUGAAAGCGAUUCACUGCCUGUCCUGUGGAGAUGCCCGGGUGCCCACCAGGAAACAAUACAAGAUCGAACACGACUGGAGACGCACAGUUCAAAAUGCAUUACAGUUUGGGUUUGACUUCUUUUUUAGUCCCUUCCUCACGGCACAGUUAGAACAUCCAGACUCAGAAACUGGGACAGAAAUUGUGGUCAGAGAUAAUACAUCUGACUAGAUGUGAAUCACUACUAAUAACAGUAAUAAUGGAGGUAUAUUUUGCACUUUACAAGCUUGAGAAGUCUGAAAGAGCUUGAUAGCGCAAAACAGUAAAUAAUUCAGGACACUGGUGGAGAACUAUUUCAAUAGCCACUACUGCCUGGGGCAAGCUAACAGAUGUGAUCACCAGUCUUUGCCUCUGAGCCAUUUUCAACCAUCAGUCCAGCCUUUGUCCUCAGUAUACUAUAUAUUCUAUUUUAUGUAAUAAUUAUAUAACCAUUGAGAACUUAGUUUAUUAAUUGAAGUUUAUGAUACUAAAUCAAUAUUUUGAUAUGUAUAGAAGGAAGGAUGUAUUAAUACUGACAGUAAUUUAUAGUGCUUCAUUCAAAAUUGUAACCGUGAGAUGCAGUUAACUGUCCGAUUGUUAUGGGAAAAUAUUUUAAGUGCCUUUUACAGAGUAUACUAAAUCACAAUACACUUUAUUAUUUAUGUCCAAGUAAAGGACGAUUUUGUGUCAUAACAUUCAGUCCAUUUAUUUCUUUUGACCAAUGUUUCCUGCUGUGCAGGACUGUAAUAUAAUAGUUUUCCUUCUUAGGUGUUAUGUUUAACAUGGCAUUAGCUUGUAGCUGUACUAUCAGUGGUUAUAAAUAUGGUAAAACUG